ACGCUCCACAAGAUGCCAUUUCCUUUCGCAUUACCGACUACCUCUAGCAUAGCAUUUACCGACUACUUCAAUAGCAGCACACAUCCUUCGUUGCCGAACUGCGCAACAACAGCGCGAGGCGUAGUUCGCGAUGUCCUGAAACGACAUAAGCGCAUUCCUCCUUCCUCGCAAACCUCAAACCUUUCGACCGUACUGUCCGCACUCAACGAUUACAUCCCAUAUUUAUUCGCAUUAGACGUCGGCCUCAGUGGUACAGCUUGCGCUGGGGAAGAGAUCGACUUGGUCCUGGUCAAAGAGCUGGAAGUUGAAUGGCGCUCAACACUUGGUACUUCAAUACCUGGCCGCGAGCCAGCUCGCGUAAAGCUCAAGAGCCUUGAGAGCGAGCUUUGCUUUGUGCUCUCGACUCUGGCAUAUGUGUACAGUCUGCAAGCUCGAGCACAAUUACACACUCUUUACAAUGCCACGCUUCCAAGCCCCGAACAGCGCGCAACUGCGAUCGGAGCUGCUAUGAAGCACUUCCUUGAUGCAAAUUCGGUCCAUACCUACUUGGUCAACAGGGCAGCACAAUGGCAUACUCAGCCUGCAGCGAUAGAUAUCUCGGCAGCUGUGAUGGGUACCCUGGCUGAGCUCACCAUGGCUGAAGCUACACUGAUCACGGUGCUUAAGGAUGACCCAUACCCAGCUGUCGUGAUUGAAGACAGGAACAAGGACAGCAAAGACUGGAUGUUCAGAGGUGUUGAGAUACCAAAAGUGCGCGCGCACCUCUUCGCCCGCCUUUGUCUUGCAUCCUCGGAGCACGCAGCUAAAGCUCAAGCCAUGCUUGGUCGGUCUUCCAGAGUCAACGAUGACCUGAUUAAAUACGUCGACGAUCUGCGAAGGACCGCAAAAGGCAAGGCAUGCCGCUUCUUAGCUUGCGACUCCGAAGCUGGUGGUAAGACUGGUGAAGGUAUUGCCUGGUUGCGCGGCGCGAAGAAAGAGUUAGGAUUUGCAUCUCUGGGUACAGAUCAAGAGAAAAAAUCGUUCGGGUUCUCGAAGCUCAAGAAAGAGUUUCAAGAGAAGAAGGAAGACCGCAAGAUCGAGAAAGGCGAAGGUUGGGGCACCGAUGCAGGGAAGUUCGAGGAAGGCCGCAUUGUGGAUAUGCUUAUGAAGAAAUGGGAAAAGAUGAACGAUACGGUAAGAGGUGUCCAGUUGGUUCCGCCUUCGGAGCCGUUACUGGCAAGCAUGCCUUCCGGCCGAGAAUAUCACACGACGAAGAUAUGGAUCGUGCCAGCUCUUGCUGAAGACUCGCUCGUCCGCAUGAGGGCACCUCCUGACCCUAGUGAAGCGUUCGAAGGAGAAGAGGAUGACAGUGCAGACGAAGACCAGAGGACAGCUCCAGGAGCCUUCCCUGCCCAUACUGCCAGCACAAGCUACUAUUGAGGUACCGCUCCGUCUUUCUCGACUGUGUUGGUCACGCAUUCAGAUACCAAGGCACCCUGUUCCUUGGUCGCGAUCUCGAUUACACAAUUGCUGUUGGAUGAGAGGCUGUUGAUCUCCAUGGACACGGUGACAACGAUGCUACCCCACGACUGUUUGACGCCCUUCACGCUGCCGAUUCAAGUGACAGACAACUGACACAGCACUUGAUACGCGCUUUACGUGAUCGUGCAGUAGGUGCAUAUCGCCAACUCUAAGCCACGGGUAGGACCUUUGCAGAGUCUAAUCCAUUCCCCUUUGAGCAGGUCCAGCCGCGCGGAAUGAGAUCAGCCUGGGUAUUCAUGCUUAGCUUGUAGAUACCGG